GCCUGGAAGGUCAGCAACCAUGUGAGAGAAAGCCGACAUCCUGUUAUUAGAGGGGGGCAGAAAAAACGAUGAAGAAAGAGGUACAGGAUGAGUGGAGGAUGAUUGAAGAUCGAAGAACAGAAGAGGAUAAGGGGGAAACACAAGUGCUGGAGCUCUGGCUGGGUAAAGUGACAGGAUGCUUUCUGAUGUCCUAUGUUUGGACGAUUUUGGAGAGGACAGAGGGCAUUUAGAGUCAUACCUGUGAGGCCGUCUGUGGGGAAAUGUGCUGACAUCAGAGCUUUGCAUAUUAAAUCUGGGGAUAGAGGAGGAUGCUGCAGUGAUGAUACAGAAGAAGCUGGGUUUGCAUAGAUCAUAUCAGGCUGUCAGUGUGGACUAGUGCUGGAGGCUGCGGGGUGGCUGUGGGAAGUUCCUGAGAGUGCAGAGAGGUAGAGUGGCAGUCACUCACAGAGAGACACUUGCACAGACAGAGGACUGGCGCUCUUUUACGGAAGGAUAUAAAACACAGUGUUACACUUCCGCCUCUUUGCACGGGAGUGUUCGUUGUGGCAGGACCUUAGGGAUUUGAAGGAGGCGGGCGACUGGGGUUGUUGCUGGCAUGAUGGUGGUGGUGUGGCUGCCUCAGGAGUGGGCUUGGCAGGCUGUUCUCCUGGUGACUGGACUGGCAUCACUGAGCCGUGGAUCUCAUGCCAACAUGUUGGACACCAUGCUGCUGAAGAAUGGAUGGAAGGGCGGAUCGGAGCAAAGGGCGGAAGAGAGCAGCAGCGCAGCCACAGUUUCAGCUCAGAACAUGCUUUGGUGUCACUGCUACCACCACUGCCCCGAAGACUCUGUCAACAAUACUUGCAUGACUGACGGUUACUGCUUCACCAUGGUGGAGGAGGAGGAGGGAGGUCUGGCGGUACUCACUGCAGGUUGUUUGGGUCUUGCGGGCUCCGAGUUCCAGUGCAGAGACACGUGGAAUGCACGUUCGAGGAGAGCUCUCGAGUGUUGCACCGACCAGGACUAUUGCAACCGAGACUUGCAUCCUACUCUUCCUCCGCUCUUGACAUCAGAUUAUGUUGAUGGCAGCAUCCAGUACAUGGCUCUCUUCAUUUCAAUCACAGUCUGUAGCAUCAUCCUCGGUCUCAUCUUUGUUUUCUGCUACUUCAGAUAUAAGCGCCAGGAGUCACGACCGCACUACAGUAUCGAUCUGGAGCAGGAGGAGACCUACAUCCCCCCUGGGGAGUCCCUGAAGGACCUGAUAGAUCAUUCACGCAGCAUCGGGUCUGGCUCUGGGUCAGGACUCCCUCUACUGGUGCAGCGAACCAUCGCCAAGCAGAUUCAGAUGGUUAAGCAGAUUGGAAAAGGGCGAUACGGAGAGGUCUGGAUGGGCAAGUGGAGAGGAGAGAGAGUGGCUGUUAAAGUCUUCUUCACCACAGAGGAAGAGAGCUGGUUCAGAGAGACGGAAAUAUAUCAAACCUUCCUUAUGAGACAUGAAAAUAUACUAGGAUUCAUAGCAGCAGAUAUUAAAGGAACUGGCUCGUGGACUCAACUCUACCUAAUUACAGAUUACCACGAGAACGGAUCGUUAUACGACUACCUAAAGUCCAACACCUUAGACGUCAAGGCUCUGCUGAAACUGGCCUACUCCUCCAUAUCAGGCCUCUGCCACCUGCACACUGAGAUCUAUGGCACACAGGGCAAACCAGCCAUCGCACACAGAGACCUGAAGAGUAAAAACAUCCUGGUAAAAAAAAACGGCUCCUGCUGUAUAGCUGACCUUGGACUGGCUGUCAAGUUUAACAGUGACACCAAUGAGGUGGAUAUCCCUCCCAACCUACGAGUCGGUACUAAGCGCUACAUGCCGCCUGAAGUGUUGGAUGAGACCCUGAACAGGAGCUACUUCCAGUCUUUUAUAAUGGCUGACAUGUACAGUUUUGGCCUCAUCGUUUGGGAGAUGGCCCGACGUUGCAUUUCUGGAGGCAUUGUGGAGGAGUAUCAGCUGCCCUAUCAUGACCUUGUGCCCACUGAUCCUUCCUAUGAGGACAUGAGAGAAGUCGUCUGCAUUAAGAAACAAAGACCUUCAUUUGCUAAUCGCUGGAGCAGCGAUGAGUGCCUGCGGCAGAUGGGAAAACUGAUGUCGGAGUGCUGGGCUCACAACCCGGCCUCCCGCCUAACAGCCCUGAGGGUGAAGAAGACCCUGGCGAAGAUGUUAGAGUCCCAAGACAUCAAACUGUGACAGAGAGUCAAGAGAUAUGCUCUCAUCACCAGAGACUUGUCACUGCCACUGGCACAGCGCCACUUACACUGGCCAAUUAAAGAAAGGGAAAAAAAGAGACUGUGAAAUAUAGGACAAAGGAAAAUGACAGGGAGGAUGAGAUAAUGGUCGACGGGGAACCGGGAAAAAGAGGCAGAAGAUUUAUUAUGUCAGGGGAGAUCUGCCCUCCCAUUGUCUGAGCCACCUCUGCCUCAGGCCAAGUGUUCAGGUUGUGCUUUCUGUGAAAGCUGAGUGGUUGUCAGGUCCAGGCUGUCCAUGUCAGCAAGUGGACAGGGACCCUUGCAGGAGAGGAGGACUAAAAUCACUCUGGUCAGUUCUAAACAGAGGAAGGUCCUGCUCUGCCCUUCUGAAGCCAUAUGGCAGUAUUCUAUGUGCAGUCUUUUGUACUGUCACUGCUGCCUUCAUGUUCUAAUUCAUGCUCAGUGACCUCAUUGUCAAUGACAUUAUUAUUAUUAUCAUUAUUAUUAUUAUUAUUAUUACAGAACAAAGCAUAAGACUAAAUUAAUGAAAAAAACAUGUCCAGCAGAAACAGAGUUUUCUAUAGUAUUUCAUUGUACAGUGAGUGAUGAAUUUGUGAAUUUUGGUUGUCCUUCAGGCUCUCAGAGCUGAGGCAGCCCUGCUCUCCCUUAUUGUCUCUUCUUUCCACUCACACUUCAUUUGUACAUAGUUCAGCUGGCAUCUAUUGGUAAUUAUUUCCUUAUUCGAUGCUAUGUUUUUGAUGAUUUGUGUACACAAUAUGUCCUGUCCACUCUACCACUAUGGCAUGUGCCUUAUUUAAUCUGUACAUAAUGUGAUUAAUGAGUGUGUGAGUGGAUCUGGAUAACAUUCCCCAAUAAAACGACUAUGUGUCAAACAA